AUGGACGACCGAUGGGUGGUUUCGUUGGCGGGAGAAGAGAAGCUGGUAUUCACGAGGAGCUGGACCGGGUCCCCGAUCGUCGAGAUCCAGGUGGUUGCGGGUGACGAAGCGAGGAUCGUGGCGAUUGCGUGGGAAGGCGACGGCUCGCAAUGGAGAGACGGGUCGGAGAACAGGGCCAGGGAGCUUGUUGUACAGCUUUGUGCAUCGUUGUUGAAGGUUGGUUUGUCGUCGGGGAACAUGUGA